UCAGCGUAACGCCUACGCCAAGUGCGUCUACUGUGGCGUGAGUAUCGCGCGCGUCGGAGAUGUAUUUGACAUGAAUGCUGCAGGCACUGUGCAGGCGUACGUCAACCCCCACGGCGUAGUACAUGAGACGUUGACUGUCAAAUGCAUUCUGCGGCAGAAUGUGCUGCUCUCCGGGCGUCCAUGUGAACAGGACUCGUGGUUCCCCCAAUACGCAUGGACCAUACUCAACUGUGCCGAGUGCUACCACCACCUGGGGUGGCGCUUCACUGCCACAACACAGCUUAACCCCAAAGAGUUCUGGGGGUUACGAAGGGCGUCAGUGAUGUUCUAAGCCAGCCAGGGGCCCUGUAAGCUCUGUACCUGUGGAUUGUAUCCCGUGACAGAGUAUCAUCCCAGCGCUAUUUCAGAAACUAUAGGCCGUUUUAAAGUAUAGGCAGUUUUAAAUACUAUAUACAACGAUUGGAGACCUAUGUUCUCGGGUCCAUUGAUAGGAAGCGUGGACUCUCAAUGAGUCGUGCGCAUUUAUUUCUGCGCUAAGGCGUUUUGUACACCCACCAGCCCAACGGCAGACCCACCGGAUAAACGGCCUUACUGAAUCGGACAUCUGAGGUAUGCGUUGCGUUAAACGAUGGAGAUCCUCGAAACACCCCCAACCAACGGCACCAACUAUGACACACAGUUGAUAUAUGAGACAAUGCCCAACCAACGGCACCAACAAUGACACAGUUGAUAGAUAUGAGACAAUGCCCGUAAAGUCCCCCAAUCAACGGCACCAACUAAGACACACAGUUGGGAGAUCGAGACAGUGUCCCGCUAGUCUCUCUCGUUCAUAUAGGCUCUUUUUCACCUCGUGAACCAUGUGAGGGUUCAAAACUGCGCAUGGGGCACGUAUGAUUGUCUCUGCCCGGUUGCAGCGGUUUCAUAGAUGGAUCGCAAGUACGAUGAAUAAAAUUAAUUGAUGCACG